AUGCCGAGCAGCCUCGGGCUCGCGCUCCUCCCUGGGGAGCCGGGGAGCCGCUUCGUGGCCGGCCCGGGGUCGCGGCGUGGCCCUGGCGGCCCUGGCCCUCGGCAGGCUGCGUGCGUUGGCCGGCGCGCGCUCCCGGCGUCCGGCGCGGCCCGUCGGCUCUGCAGUCGCGCUCGCGUCCGCCAGUGCUACCAGCAGUUUGUUUUUGUUAAUGCAUGUUUUGCCCCCUACAAACAAGCAGCAGUCGGAGCUCGCAUCAAAUUUCAGACCCCACUAGCUUCAGAUGGCUUUUUAGAUGGCGGGCGGGCCUCUGAGAAGCCCUCCUCCCUCCUUGGAGGGCAGAUCACGCUGGCGAAGUCCAGCGUGUGUGGCGCUGCAGUGCCCUUUCCGUGGACAGAGAAGCUGGUGGCCCACAUGGGCUCCAGGUGA